GAAGUGCUCCGGACUUCCUGGUUACGGGACCAUGGACGUUCCCUGCUCCGCUUCGUCCCGGGAGACCCCCGCAGCGAUGUGACCGAGGAGGAGGACCGGCGAGCGGACAGAGAAGGUCAUGAGUGCCUCUAGGAAAGACCCAGCGGAGAAGAACCUCACCUGUCCAAAGCCCCGCCCUACCUGGGCCUCACCCUGCCCCCCACCCCUCAACUCCCACCAUGACGUCUGAUACCGACCAGGAUGCGGCGGUGAAACUUGACCGGGAGCGGGCUGACAUCGUCGCCAAAUAUGACAAGGGAAAGGAGGCCAAGGUGGAGCCCUGGGAGGACACCAACUUCCACCUGUACAAAGAAAUCGACCGCUUUGGCUUCGUCCAUAAAGAUGAACUUCCAUCCUACGACUCGGUGGCGGAGAAGCAAAAACACAUGGAGGUGGAGAGAAUCAGCAAAUGGCUGAAGAUGAUGAAGAGCUGGGACAAGUACAAGAACAGUGAGAAGCUGGUCAGGAGAGUCUACAAGGGAAUUCCCCUGCAGCUCCGAGGGGAGGUGUGGUGUCUGCUGCUCGAUAUCCCCAAAAUAAAGGAAGAGAAGAAAGACUUCUACGAAAAAUUAAAAGCCCGAGCCAGAGGCGUCUCCCCUGACAUCCGACAGAUUGACCUGGAUGUGAACCGGACGUACAGGGACCACAUCAUGUUCAUGAACCGCUACGAUGUCAAGCAGCAGGCUCUGUUCCACGUCCUCACUGCCUACUCCAUGUACAACACGGAGGUGGGUUACUGCCAGGGCAUGAGUCAGAUCACGGCUCUGCUACUGAUCUACAUGAACGAAGAAGACGCCUUCUGGGCUCUGGUCAAACUGCUGUCGGGACAGAAGCACUCCAUGCACGGGUUUUUCGUCCCUGGUUUCCCGAAGUUGAUGCGUUUCCAGGAACAUCACGAUCGCACACUCAAGAAGAUGAUGCCCAAACUGAAACAACACCUGGACACCCAGGAAGUGUUCACCAGUCUCUACACCAUGAAGUGGUUCUUCCAGUGUUUCCUGGACAGAACUCCGUUCACCCUCACGCUCAGGAUCUGGGACAUCUACAUCAUGGAGGGGGAACGAGUGCUGUCCGCCAUGUCCUACACGCUCCUCAAACUGCACAAGAAGCACCUGAUGAAGUUGUCCAUGGAGGAGCUGGUGGAGUUUCUGCAGGUGACUUUGUCCAAAAACUUCUACUACGAGGACGACUUUGUGAUCGAGCAGAUGCAGGCGGCCAUGACGGAGCUGAGGAGGGCGAAGCUGGACGUGCCUGCGCCAGGUAAAGACGACGAGUUUCCCAAGAAGCCGUUGGGGCAGCUUCCUCCGGAGCGGGCAGCGGCCGUGGUGGGGAACCACGUGGCCAACGGUCAGAGCCACGUCGAGCCAGCCGACCCCCCCAGGGAGCCCAGUCCUGUACCGGAGCGCCAGCGGGAGAGUCGGCCUCCCAGCCGCGCGCGCCGGGACUCGCUGGACAAACCGUUCCGUCACCACAAGGCCGACAGGAGGGACGCUCGAUCCCGGGGGUCCGGGGAGAUCACCACGCCGGAGAGGGGGGUGACACCACCCUCAGCGCUCAGCCCGACGCCGCAGCUCACCACAGUGGACAGGGGGAAGCCUCAGAGCCACGCCACCGCCAACCACAACUCCAACGCCGCCUCCAGCUCUCACAAAGAAAUCACUCCCCGCUGGUUCAAGCCCUCCGACACGAGGCUGGAAGCCGUCAAGGCGGCGGCGGGACGGGACACCAACCUGAGCCGGGGGGCGUCGCCGGCCCCCUCCAGCCCCGACGACACUGCACUCCCCCAACGCCGACCGCGUCCCAAGGGCUUCGUCCCCGGCACCGACCGGGGCUCCAACGCCUCCCAGUACGACAACGUGCCGGGGCUGCUGGAGCAGGAGUUUGAGAUCCUGGAGCUGGAGAGACCUCUGUCCAGAAUGAGGCCCCCCCGCAGCGAGACCCCCUACAGCGCGUCGUCCCCGUAUCAGGGCAGCCCCAGUCACGGACCCAGUCACGGACCCAGCCUGACGGGGAGCGCCGUCUCCAUCGCCUCCGGGCCGAGGACGGCCAAGCUCCCUCCGUCCUUCUCCCACAGCAGUCCCCCGGGGGGGCAGUCCAGCCAGCCCGGCAGCCAGAGCCAGUUCCACACUCCAUCCCCCAGCAGAACCACCACGGAGGUUCCCAUCUACCACCCGGGAUACGGCAUGAACCUGGAGCACAGAGCGGAGGACAGACUGUACGCCCCCCCCUCCAGGCUCCCCCCACCCUCCAGCAUAGCGUACAGCGAACAAGUGUACGCCACCACCCAGCGGCCGCCCAGCAGACUCUCCCCGGAGAAGGCCCUCAUGAACAACUCCUUCGCCACCUACCGCCGGCAGCCGCCACCCGGCGCCGCCCUCGGCCCGCGAAGCACCAGACCCCCCCUGCAGCUGGAGACCCAGGGAAGCUCCACCCCCAUCUACCUGCAGCAGCUCACCUCCACCGCACAGGUCCACGCUCUGGGGGACGGCAGGUUCGAGGGGCAGCUGAGGGGGAGGGCGAGCCCGCAGUACCAGCCAGGGGGGGGGGCUCAGCGGGCGGUAGACGUGCUCCGCUGGGCGCCAGAGGACGCGCUGCCCCCCCCGUCCCCGGGUGGAGUCCCCCGCUCGCCCAGCUUCCAGCAGGCCCAGAUGUCCCCCCACAAGGAGUUCAUAUUUCCCGCCAGCCCCGACAGCAUGCUGCAGUACAGGACUCAGCUCCAGGAGCAGCAGCAGCAGCUCCCCCAGCUGUUCGGAGGACCACACUACAGGCACGCACAGGAGGCGUUCGCCCUGCAGGAGUCGAUGCUGCUGUAAUGCGGCGAGGACGUAAAGAGACACUGGAGACGAUGAUGAACUGAGGUGUAGUCACUGACACUGUGGUGUGGAGCGUUGUGAGGAGCCUGGUGUUGUCUCCGCCCUGUUGUUGUUCAUGUGUGAAGUUGUGUCCUCGUCCCUGCAGGACGCACCGGCCUCGGACCUUUUUACUGCUCGCACCGAAAAGAGACAAACUGACUGAAGAUGUUAUUUUAUUUUUGGAUGUAAAUCUUUAAGCAGAGGUGACCGUGUAUAUCUUUUAGAGUCUGACAUGUACAGUGGAUUAUUUCUUUUUUGUUAAUAUGCUGAGUUGUUAAAAAAAGUAGCAGGGGGACGAUCUCCUGACAGAGCAAAAAAAAAAGCCGCUGAUUUAUUUUCCAAUCUUUUAUUUUUUAUAUGUUACUUACAGAUAUUUACAGUAGAGAUCAAUUUACUCGAUAUGCUCGUGAAUGUUAUUUUUCAAAGAGAAGUAAAAAAAAAAAAAAAAAUGAAGCCCAAUGACACAGUAGAGAAGCCGAUCACUGUAAAGGUUUGAUUCCCAUUUCCACUCCGAAGCGACUCCGCUGUAGAAAGAGUUUGUUGUUUAUGUUCUAGUUUGGUUUUGUCCCCGAUUAACUUGUGUGCGUUUCUCUUUUACACGUGAAGUACAGUACGUCGGGUAUUUAUAUUUGAGGCCAGUGUAGUUUCUGAAUAAAUCUCCCACCCUGAUUAGAACAACUCAAGGAAUAGAGAACUGGUUUUGCGAGGGGCAAGUCACGUCUGUAUGUUUUUGACUUUACGACAUCUGUGUGUGUUUGUUUUUUAAUCGCUGUACUAUAGUUGCACACGUCCUGAGCUCACGCACCAGGACACGGAUGUGAAAUAGUUUCAGCACAAUUUGAUUUACUUCAUUAUGUCUCAUUAUCCUCAACACUGUCACAUCAACUACUGCUCAGCUGCUGGCGAUAGUCAUCUGGCACACACACACACACACAGAGACACACACACACACACAGAGACACACAGACACACACACACUCACACACGUCACAUGUUAACAUUUAAUCCGCCACAUUCCCAGUUAUUCACGCAGUUGCUCUCACACAGCGUCGUUCCACUGCUCAGUACAUUCCCUAAGUUCUCUUUGUUUUUCUGCUCAGCGACUAAUUGCAGAUCAUUCUGAUACUUUGCUUAAUAAAAUGAGGUGGGUUGAAAAUGAG